GGUCAGGUGACAGCCCGGAAACUGCGGAAGCGGAUGAGGCAGAGAGGCUGCGGCCCUGGGGGCGGUGCGGAGCUGCUGGACCUCCUCCGGGCUCCCGGCACGGCCCUCAUGCGGCGCCCUUGCUGAUACCUGAAGUGCUCUGCUCUCGGUCUUCUGGGAACCGCAGGGUCUUCCGGCCCGCCGCCCUAGGCGGUUGAAAUCGCCCUGCGGGCCCACGUUGGCCGCAGAUGGAGAAGGCCGGCCUGGGCGGCGAAGGCGCCCCCCGGGGCCCUGUAUUGCACAUCGUGGUGGUUGGCUUUCACCACAAGAAGGGCUGCCAGGUUGAAUUCUCUUACCCACCCCUGAUUCCAGGAGAUGGACAUGACAGCCACACUUUACCUGAAGAAUGGAAGUAUUUGCCCUUCCUUGCCUUACCAGAUGGUGCACACAAUUACCAAGAAGAUACUGUGUUUUUUCACUUGCCACCCAGAAAUGGAAAUGGAGCGACAGUAUACGGAAUAUCUUGCUAUCGACAAAUUGAAGCCAAGCCUCUCUUUGGCUUACUUCAAGCAAAACUUCAACUCAUUACACAUGCAUAUUUUGAAGAGAAGGAUUUUUCUCAAAUUUCCAUUCUAAAGGAACUUUACGAACAUAUGAAUAGCUCCUUGGGAGGAACUUCAUUAGAAGGAUCACAAGUAUAUCUUGGUCUGUCUCCUCGAGAUCUUGUCCUUCAUUUUCGACACAAGAUCUUAAUCCUAUUUAAACUAAUUCUUCUUGAAAAAAAGGUUCUUUUUUAUAUUUCUCCAGUGAAUAAAUUGGUGGGCGCACUGAUGACUGUAUUAUCCCUUUUUCCUGGUAUGAUUGAACACGGUCUCAAUGACAGUUCUCAGUAUAGACCCCGAAAGAGUAUGUCUGAAGAUACUGGGCUUCAGGAAAGUAAUCCCUCUGCAGACGAUUUUGUUUCUGGGUCUGUUUCUAACAUUUCAAAUACCAGCAUGGGAACUGUCAAGAAAAUCAUGGCAGGAAACCAUGGAGGAGGUACUGCUAUCAAAACAGAAGAGCCUUUGUUCCACAUAGAAGCUACCAGGAGCAGAGAACAGGAACUCACUGAUACCAAUCAAUAUUUGAAACCUCCAUCUCGUCCGUCUCCAGAAUCUUCAGAAAGCGACUGGGAGACCUUGGAUCCUAGCAUCUUAGAGGACCCCAAUUUGAAAGAAAGGGAACAAGUUGGGUCAGAUUGUAAAAACUUACUUCCAAAGGAUUCUGUGCACUCAGACAGUCCUCCAAUUACUGUGCAACCUCAAGCCAAUACAGGACAAGUGGUCCUGAUACCAGGGCUCAUUUCAGGUCUGGAAGAGGACCAGUAUGGCAUGCCCCUGGCCAUCUUCACAAAGGGAUAUCUAUGUUUGCCUUACAUGGCAUUGCAGCAGCACCACCUUCUCUCUGAUGUUACUGUUCGAGGAUUUGUUGCUGGAGCUACUAACAUCCUUUUUCGACAACAGAAACACCUCAAUGAUGCCAUUGUGGAAGUAGAAGAAGCUCUGAUCCAGAUCCAUGAUCCAGAACUCAGGAAGCUGCUUAACCCAACCACUGCAGACCUAAGGUUCGCAGAUUACCUAGUGAGACACGUGACUGAGAACCGGGAUGAUGUCUUUCUGGAUGGCACAGGCUGGGAAGGAGGUGACGAAUGGAUCCGGGCCCAGUUUGCAGUCUAUAUCCAUGCUCUGCUGGCUGCCACACUGCAGUUAGAUAAUGAAAAGAUACUAGCAGACUAUGGGACAAGUUUUGUUACAGCAUGGAAGAAUACUCACAACUACAGGGUAUGGAACAGCAACAAGCAUCCAGCACUUGCAGAAAUAAAUCCAAACCACCCAUUUCAAGGCCAGUACUCAGUGUCAGACAUGAAGUUAAGAUUCUCACAUUCUGUUCAGAAUAGUGAACGUGGCAAAAAAAUUGGAAACGUCAUGGUCACAACCAGCCGGAAUGUUGUACAAACAGGAAAAGCUGUUGGCCAGUCAGUUGGAGGAGCUCUUUCCAGUGCCAAGAUAGCUAUGUCUUCAUGGCUUUCUACUUUCACCAAUUCCACCCCGCAAAGUCUCACUGAGUCACUUGAUGGGAAGCCCUGAGUAAGUUUGCAGAGGCUGUGUUGCUUUCUUAGGAUUCAGUGUCUGUCUGCUGCUACUCCCAGACUGUUCUUUACCAGCCAUGGGUCCACAGCAAGGGACUGAUAAAACAGGAAUCUGUCUGCUUACAUGGAUGCUUACUCUCUAUAAAUGAAUCUCACGAUGCUGAAAGGAUGAAAUAACAACCAUAGCAGGGAUGACUUUCCAGGUUGGGGUUUAAAUUGACUAUUUUGAUUUCAUUCUGAGCCUGAUUAAAACACACAGUGAACCUUCUGAUUAUUUUUCAGUUUUGAUGUUACACAUUUGCUUACUUUAGAUAAAAUUUUAUUUAUGUAAAUUUUGUUCUGUUUUGCUUUUUGAAUACCUAGAUGGUCAUUGUAACUUAUUUGCUAAAAUUAUGUUCUAUUGCUAUUUUAACUUGUCUCUAUAGUCUAAAGUUGGCCCCAAAUGUGCUUAUAAAGUUAAAGGGUCAUACAGUCCAGGUUUUAUUGUUUUGCUGAGUUAUAUGAUGUUUUUUCUUUAUUUUCUACCCAUAAAAUGUAUUUACCAAUUCACUGCUUCAUAGAAAUGAGAAUGUCAGAGUUAGUAGUUCUGAGGAUGGAGGAGUUUGUUUUCAUGGUUUUUAUUUGUUCUUUCCAAAUCCUUAAAAACUUGCUUUGAGACCUCAAGGAGUGUUACUGUGCUUUCCUUCUCUUCCUAAUUAUACAAGUGGGUGUACAGAAAAAUGCCAUAGUGAUGGCCACCUUGGUGGGGAAACAGUUUAAUAUGAAUGUAUCUCUGGGACAAUACUUUCAAAGAUCUAUGUGUUCAUUUUGUCAGCCCUUGGUAUGUCACAGUCUUCUACAUUCUUUUUUUUUUUUUUUUUUUUUCAGAAUUUGUGCCUCCUGUUGUUUUGAAUAGUUUCCUUUGGGUACAUAUAGCUCUACAGGUUUUCUCUUCGUAUUCUUCAUAAAGCUCUGAAGCUCUUGACUUUCCUACUUUGCUGAGAAUCCUCCCGUAAUUGAUCCCUACCCCCUUCCAAAAAUAUUUAUAAAGGAAAGGUGAAGUGAUUCAUAACUAUUAAAUAGGAAUUUCAUUUACUUCAUUCUGUUGAAAAGCAAGAGGGAUGAGAAGGCGUUAGCUAUGAUAUCAGUCACCUGUUUCAUAUUAGACAUAUGCAUGUGUGCCAUUGACUGAUGAGAUGUACAUAACUGGCUGUCAUAUGUUUACCAUUCUCUGCUCUCACUUUUGCUUUUCAGUGGACUUUGAUUGGGUGUUCUCCAGGAAUACUUAACAGGGAGCAAACUGUUUUUUCAAUAACAAAGGAUACUUGGAAAAUACAUUAUGAGUAUAAUCUACAUAUGCUACAAAGAAGUACUGGGAAAAUAAGGGACCUAAUUAGAAGGACACCAGUUAUGUUUGAUUUACCUCUUAAGAAAUGUUUGAGAAGUAAAUCUCCUGAGGUAUAUGCAAAAAACAUUAAGACAUAAUCUGAACACUCUUAAAUUUUCUAAUGUGUGUUUUAACAUAAGUCCAGCAAAUCUAAAAGCAUGCUUUCUUUUGAACAUAACUCAAGAAUUCAGUGACAAUAAAAUGAAGGACUUGGGGCCAGCAGGUGGCAUGGUAUUUAAGGCACUGGACUCCCCACAUGGCCAACUGCAGUUUGAGUCCCAGACCUGGUGGCUUCCUUUCUCACUUUCCCUCUCUCUAUCUCUGUUUCUCUCUGGUCAAAUUUAAAAUAAAAUGAUUCUUUUUAAAAAUUAUUAAAUCAGGUGAAGGGCUUAAUGUGAAGACUCCAUUAGUUCUACUAAUUCCAUUAAUUAACCAGGAAAAUUAACAUUCUCAGGAAAUAUUAUUUGAAGAGAAGAAACUAAUACUAAAUAAAACCUGAAAAGAUACUUUAAUCCAUGUUGCAUUGAGUCUGUAAAGAAUUCUAACAUAUUAUUUCAUGAGACUAUACCAACCAUUGGAGUAUGAUAGUGUAUCCAUGUGUAAUUGUUACCUGUCAACUACUGGAAGUCACACUGCUAGGAGCUCUAGGUGCCCUGUGAGGGGUCAGCUGGCCAAAUACUGGUUAGUCCUUUAGUUUGUGUGAUGAGGGCAAAUUCCUGUCUUCAGUUAUUCAAAAGCAGUCCAACCCAUAUUUUGGAAUCCACUGAAAUAAAAAGUUACAUGAAAUAUUUAAGUUUGCUUUAGUAUCACUUGUUCCCCAUUUGAAUGUACACUUUGAACUUUCUAUUAUCAUUUCUAAUUAAGAGUUUGACUCUCACAGUAGUCAGUUAACUGGCUGUCAACAUAAAUGAAUAUAUUAGGAGACAGAAGUUUAGUCAUAAAAUGGUCAGAAGAACACCCCUGUAUUCCUUCAGUUUUUGGAAAGUAUAAGGAGUUUUCAAGAAUCCUAGGUCACUAUAUUGUGCCAGGGGUCCUAAGGCAGCGAACACAAUUGAAGGCAGGAAGUCUGGCCCCUUCUUUUGUGAGUUUGCAUACUUCCGACUUGGACUCUAGGCUACAGCUAAGAAGCGGUAGGUAGCCUUUCUCCAGACACUGGCUCUGUGAGCCAUAGGAGACAACUCUGGGCCAUCUUCUGAUAUAUUACUGGUCAAAGUUAGUGUAUUGGUGGCCACGUUGCUCCAAAGCUUGCUAAGGGAUGUGUAUCUUAAGAGCUGAGUAUAUGUAAGUAGACCUGAGAGAGCAAAGGUCAGCCAUCCUUUUUUAGGUGUGCCAGGCACAGACUACAACUAUAGUUUAAUGGUAGCUUCAACUGCCAUCACAAUGACUUCGUAGUAUUUGGAAAAAGUCCCUGAUACUCUUUAAUUUCUUCCAGGCAUCGUAAUGACAACGAACAGAUAAGGAAGAAAGAGUUAAAGUUACCAGUUGUGGGCUAGGAAAAAUAGGAAAAAUUGCGUGUCAAACAAAAGCUUAGAAUAUUUUUAGGCUCUAUUUGACUCAAUAUGUAUAGUCUGCCCCAAAUCCAUUAGUAUUUCACAGCCUCCAAGUCCUACAAUAGUUUUCAUCUUUAAGAGACACAGCAGCAAUAUACCUUGAUGAAAAUCAGAGCAUAUGAUAUGACUUCCUCAAAUUUAUCUUCCUUUCCAAGUUCUGUACUGAACAUUUAAUGUUUUUUAGAAUAAUUUUCUUUGGAAAGCCAGAGAGAAAAUUGAGGAGAGAGAAGUGAGCUGUUGCAUGGCUAAGUAACAAGGUAGUAAAUGUCUGGAAGUAUUUUGAGAGCAGUAUCUAAUGUGCUAAAUGUUCUAAGAAUUUUUUAGAAAGAAAUUAGAAUUCAGUCUGCUAGUUUUUAAAUGAAGCUUUAAGGUUAAUCUCUUGGCAGACAAUUUUUUUUUUUUCUCAUUGUAUUUUGUGAGAAAAGUUUUGCAGAAGUUACAGUAGCUUGUUAAGGUCAUUGAUGCUAAACGUUGCCUAUUUUAUUGAAGAGUUGACUCUUAAAUGGCAUCAGUGUUAUCAUGCUCUGAUCUUUAACUAGAGAUUGCCCAUCAUUCCUGGCUUUGGUAGCCUUUCAACGUGACAAUUUGAGAAUGCUGCCCUAAUUAUUCAAAGCUGAUUCAUUCUAAAUCUUUGGAUUUGAUAACUUUGGAUAUUUUUUUUUGUAAUUUCUAACAUUCCGUAAGUACUUGUCAAGGAUAAAGAAAAGACGUGUGAUUCUUAGUCUUUUCAUGUAAAACUUUGCACACAUGAUUUUCUGAUUUUAUUAUGAAGGAGAGCAAUCUAGUUCCCUUGUAUAGUAACUCCAAAAUUAAAAGGUUGUGCAUGUUUGAGGGAUUGGAUAUAUUUUGUAAAACUCAAUACAUUUGUAUUUCUGUGCUCUCCUAAAGCUUACCUUUUUACUUAGAGAUAAUAGAAACUAUAUAUUUAAAUCAUGUAAAAAGAACACAAAAUUUA